AAUCACUUCAUUCCUACAGUCAACUACAAACCACUUCAUUCUAACUCCCUAUCUAUCCGAAAAUUAUACAGAUCUAUCUCAUACCACACUUCUACUACAAAUCUAUCUCUUCAUCCACUCACACCAAAUAUCAUCUCUUCAUCCUUUUGGCAAAUCCAUUCUCAUCAUCUUUUGAACCUUCUUUCUUUACCAAAACCCAGAAUUUGAACCCUAAAAUUCCUACUUUCAAAAUGCAAUUGGGAAAAUUUUGAAACCUUAGAUGGCACUAUCCCAAAAGAACGUCCUGACGAAGCCACCGGCAAAUGUCUCAGCAAAAAAGCUCCCGACGAAGGCAGCAACAAGUCCCUCGGCUAAAGAAGCAGAAAGCCCCCACUUAUCCCUCACAAGAAUAGGGCAAAUUCCAUACUGUACUUGGACGGCGACGGAGAUCCGAGAAAAAGUUCCCGAUUGUUGGGCAUAUCCCCAACCACUAGCUCCACCACUGUCUCUAAUGUAUCCCGAGUGCGAUUGGCGGAAUCGAGAUUACAAGAAGAGAAGAAGAAUCAUAAAUUGGACACUGCGGCUAGGGGGGUCGAAGUCGAAGCCUAAAACCACUACACCAACCUCUGUGGUGGAUAUCGUGAGAGACGCUGCAGCUGAGGCGUCGAAACCCGAAACGGGUGACUCCUCAAUGAAAGUGGUGGUGGUUGAUAAAUAUGUACUGGAGAAAUCUAUAGCUGAUGAGAGGAUUAAGUCCACAAAGUCCUCAAAGUGCUUAAAUGAAGUUGUGUUUUUAUGGGAGAUAAUUGAUUUUGUUUCAGUUCCUCUUCGAGGCUUCACAAGAAUGGAAGUUGCUUCCAGAUGA